CGUCCAGUUCCAAGCCAAAAACCCAAACUCUCACACUACAACAACCACAACACACUACUACUAGUGAGACUAGUAAGCGUCAUCACGAGAUCCAGGUUUAAUAGAUCGUUUAAUCUACCACCGUUGAUUUAGAAAGGGGUUGAGGGGAGGGUAGUAGUAGCUAAGUUAGGGCAAAGAUGAUUACGGGUUCGGAGGUGUACCAGGUGGUGGAGGCGAUGGCGCCGCUGUACACGGCGGCGGCGCUGGGGUACGGGUCGGUGCGGUGGCUGAAGGCGUUCUCCAACGAGCAGUGCGCCGGGAUCAACCACUUCGUGGCGCUCUACGCCGUGCCGGUGCUCAUCUUCGACAUGGUGUCCACCAACAACGUGUACAAGAUGAACGGCCGCCUCAUCGCCGCCGACACGCUGCAGAAGGCCGUGCUGCUGCUGGGCCUCAUGGCGUGGGCGCUCUGGGAGCGGUCGCGCGCGCGCGGCGCCGGGGCCAAGGCCAAGGCGGCGGUGUCGUCGCCGCUGCAGUGGGUCAUCACCUGCUUCUCCGUCGCGUCGCUGCCCAACACCAUCAUCAUGGGCGUCCCGCUCCUCAACGGCAUGUACGGGCCCGUGUCCAAGGACCUCAUGAAGCAGAUCGUCGUCAUGCAGUUCUGCAUCUGGUACAACGUCAUCAUCUUCCUCUACGAGUACAUGGCGGCGCGUAGAUCGGCCUCGGCGCCGCCGCCGGCGUCGUCGGAGGGCAGCGCCAAGAUCAGCCCUUCGUCGCCGGUGAAAGCUGCUGCGGCGGCGGCGGACACAAACGGCAAUGCUGUCGCGGCCGACCGGCCGCAAGAAGUGGCGGUGAACAUCGAAAUCACGGAGAUGGCGGCGUCCACGGCACGAGACGGCGUGUCCGGCGAGACGACGGCGGCCGCCAAGGAGGUGAGCUCUGGUGAAGUUGCUCCGGUGGAAGAGGAGGAGGCGUCUGCGCCAGCGCCGUCGAUGAAGCACGUCAUCUGGAUGGCGGUGAAGAAGCUGCUACAGAUUCCGAAUACCUAUGCAAGCUUCCUUGGCCUCAUCUGGUCUCUAAUCGCAUUCAAGUGUGGAUUCUCGAUGCCAAAAAUCGUCGAGGACUCUCUGUUCACCAUUCGUACCACCGCUGUAGGCCUAAGCAUGUUUUCUUCAGGGACGUUCAUAGCGCGGCAGUCGCGGUUCGUGCCGUGCGGAUACAAGAUAGCGUCGUUCUCCAUGGUCAUCAAGUUUCUGAUAGGCCCGGUUGUGAUGCUGUUCGCCUCGCUCGUCAUCGGCAUGCACGGCACACUUCUGCACAUCGCUGUUGUGCAGGCGGCUCUCCCCCUGGCAGUGACAUCAUUUGUGUACGCUGAAGAGUACAAGGUCCACGCAGACAUCAUGAGCACAGGGGUUAUUCUUGGGAUAUUUAUAUCACUUCCUGUGACAAUUGUUUACUAUAUUCUGUUGGGGCUGUGAGCCUGUGAUUGAGACAUCUAAAUUUAGUCGAAGGCUAAUUAAAGUUGCAUGUGUGCUGAUGUGCAUAUAUGUAGGAAGACAGAAUACAAACAGUAAAAAUACUGAAGGAUGACAACAAGGUGAAUUGAUUUCCCUCCGGAGCCUGAAGAUUGGGGUUCUGGCGAGAGAUACAGUGAGAUGUGACUGUAAUGUUUGGUAAUAAUAAGAUGUCACAAAAACGCGGCAUAUAUGCUGAAACUUUUGCAAUGUACAGCAAGUAUACAAUGAACAGGGCUUAUUACAGCCCACCAGUUGAUUCUUCGAAAUUUAAAA